AUGAACAAUUUUCAUCUAUUAUUACUCCUCAUUGGAGCUUUACUUUUACCGAUUAACAAUGUUUUGGCCCUUCCACAUCCAAUGCAAGCACGACAAGCUCCUGCAACUGGAGAUGUUGCAGGCGGAACAUGGCAAAUCGUUGGAAAUACGGGUGUCAAUGCAAUGCACAUCUUUGUGUCUGCGCCCAACAAGAUUAUUUUAAUUGAUAAACUUGAAAACAACCUAAUUAAGCAAGCAAGUGGUCAACCAGCUGUUUCAACGGAAUGGAAUCUUGAUACAAACGAAAUUCGCAUACUUGACGUCACCUCAGAUACCUUUUGCUCUGCGGGCUCUUGGUUAGGAAAUGGAACCAUGCUCCACACCGGAGGCGAUAACGGUAACAAUUUCCUUGCAGCUGGACAACAAACUUUACGAUUUUACGAUCCCGCUGUCGGUAAUUGGGUUGAGAUGGUCGGAUUAAUGGGGUCAAAAAGAUGGUAUCCUACAAUGUUAUCUUUAGCGAACGGAAAAGCUUUGAUAUUGGGAGGAUCUACCGGUGGUACGGGUCUUAAUAGAGCCGAGAUAAACAAUCCUACCUAUACAAUCUGGCCACCAACUGAUGGUGUGACACCAGAUCCUGAAAUUCAAUUCCAAUUCCUUAUUGAUACCCUCCCUUAUAAUCUUUACGUAAUGCUUCAUUUGGUUCCCAACUCCGAGAAUAAGAAUCUCAUAUUCGUACUUGCAAAUCAACAAAGCAUUUUAUACGAUUUAGACACCGCUACCAUUGUUAAAAACUACCCAAAAAUUGCGGUUCAACGUACUUAUCCUCAAACUGGAACUUCUUUAAUAUUACCCUUAUAUCCGGAAACAAAUUAUUUAACUGAAGUCAUGGUUUGUGGAGGUCAAAAAGAAUUUGAAAUUCUUUCGGUCGCUGAGGCUUCUUGUGGUAGGAUGGAUCUAAACGCCGCUGAACCUGUUUGGACAAUGGAUGAUUUUGGUGGUUUGCCUCGUGUUAUGCCUGAUUCGGUCAUAUUGGUAAACGGUGAAAUCUUAUUCUUGAAUGGUGCCGGAACUGGUUAUGCUGGUUUUCGUAAGGGAAAAAAAACGAAUCCUUUAUGGGCGAAUGAUAAUCCCACAUUUAAUCCCGUUCUUUAUAAUCCAACUACGAAAAUAUACGCAAAAAUGAAUCCAUCAUCCAUUGCAAGGAUGUACCAUUCUGUUGCUACUUUAACUCCUGACGGAAGUGUUUUCGUUGCUGGUAGCAAUCCACAGGGUAACGUUGAAACAGAAGUUUUAUAUCCCACAGAAUAUCGAGCUGAAAUUUACUCUCCACCUUAUCUUUUAACCGGCGCAUCACGUCCAACGAUAGUCACAAUUGAUGGAUAUAUAGUAAAUCAAGGAAGAAUACCAAUCACAUAUGGAAAUACAGCAUCAAUAGUUGUUCAAUUACCAAAAACUGAAGUUAUAUCUUUCACAGCUGCCAUUAUACAUCAUGGUUUCGUAACACAUUCAACACAUAUGGGACAAAGAUAUGUUGGCCUAGUGGUUAAAGAAGCAUAUUCUGAUGCUACCACUGCCGAUCAAUAUAUUUUAACCAUUGAAUUACCACCAAAUCCCACAAUUAUCGCACCUGGUCCAA